GGAAAGAAAAACCGAGAAAAUUGAGGAAUUUUUGUUGAAAUUAAUUCGAGCAGUUGACCGGCAUCACGAGGAGUGUGCGUGACGCAUAUUUAUUACUCCCAAGCCCAACAAUGAGCGUGUGGUGAGUGCCAUAAAGACCCCCCCAAAACAAAUUCGUUACGAGGUCUUUCACAACAACAAAAGGAGAAAAAAAACAUCAUCGAAAACAGCUUUUAAAUUCACGAAUUGAAUGAUCAUUUCUUCGGGGUUAUCUGGGGAAUUCCACGAGUUUUUUGGGGGGUAAAAAUGGACGCCCGAGGAUGGACAACUGAUUUUCUUCCACCCGCCACCGAACGAUGAGACAUGGCUACCCCAGUGUCCCCAGCCUGUCCGGGCUCAUGCCUGGGCCCGAUACCCCAAUCAUCGCGCUGUGCAAAUCUUGAAUUUCCACCCCCACCACCAUACCCACCUCCAACCGCGGAACAAUCUACAUCACAGCAUCAGCGUCUCAUUCAGGAUUAUUCUUAUGCAUGCUACGAGCCCGGACCAAGCUCACAGUUACUUUACAGUCGUGGUGGCUAUCAGGAGGGUGGCCAACACACGUGGAAUUGUCACAUGCAGUGUGCAAUACCUGUGCGAGAACCGUCCAAGAGACACACCUAUGUUACACGAUAUGGAACCGAGGAGAAUAUCUACGAGGAGAUAUCCGAGAUCAGCAGACAAUGUCGCCUGGGUAUUUCAGGCUCCCAACGUUCUCUAGUGGAUGAAGAAGUCCGACGAGUGCAGUCAUGUCAUCGCCGAGUCCUCGGUGAAUUGAAUCUGAGUGUCGAGGCGAUGUUGAUGCCCUCGAUGAUCGAUGAGGCAGACGAAAAUUCGGAGAAGACGCGCAACGAUGGAGAGGAGAAGCGGAAAAUAUUGCAGAGUAUUUUGGCCGAUGAGUCUGUGUCACCAGUGGGAUGCGAUCUCGACAGUGGGUUCAGUGGCAGCUCCAGCGCCAGUUACAGAUCUGGACUUGGAUCUCUCCGUCGAGACCUCGGAAAGAAUUCUCUCGCGUCGACCUCGUGCACCAAGCUCAUCGGCUGCACAACUCGACGUAACAAAGCACUUAUGAUAUGGAAGAAAGGAUGGAAGAGCUGGAAGAAGUUGCAUACCUUCACAAACUCCUCGAAAGUCUGUGAUGAGCCUCGCUCCCGCUGUCAAUCCUGGGACGACGUAGCGCCCCCUUCCAGAAUGGACCAAUUGACAAAACGCCAGAGCCUCCAGCAACCGCCCCACCAGCUGCUGGAGGCGACGAGUUCCAACGCAUCCGUGCAAUCAGUAAAAAGCGAGGACUCCUGGUGCUCGGCCUCCGACCACGAGCCCUCGUCCGACGACGAGUCCGAAAAGAGCAAUAUGAGUAUAAAAAGUAACUGUCAAUUACGCAAUACCCUGCACAAGGCCAAAACCCUGUGCGACAAAUGGAGGACCCAAAAUAUAAGACUGAAUAACGCAAACACCGAGGCAAUUGACACCUCGAUGAACCAGGGAAGAUUAUCACGAUGGUUUAGCAUCAGGCGAGGCUCUACGCAUCAGUACGACGUUGACUCUUCAUCGUCAGACACAUCAACAGUCUCAAUGUGCAGUCCCAUAAAGGGUCAGCCAUCAUCAACACCUUUGCAGAGGUCUCCGGUGCCCAGUGCCACCACCAUGUCACGUCUGAUUGAGGAAGAAGAGACUUAUGCAUCAAACUCAGCAGCAGCGGCAAUGAUGCAAUUUCAAUGUCCUCAUCAUCGCAGACAACCACCACCAACCCUUCCCCCAGCCCCAUCAAAAUUGACACAGCAACAAUUAAAGAGACGCCUCAUUGUUGCGGCACUUGUACAAUCCGAGAACAGUUAUGUUGCGACAUUACAGAGACUAGUGAAUGACUACAAAAAACCAUUGGAGGAAUCCUCACCACCCAUACUCAGUCAAACUAAAAUAGCAACACUUUUUCAUCGACUACCCGAGAUACUACAGUGUCAUACCCUAUUUAGAGUUGCAUUGGCCGAAUGUGUGAGAUCAUGGGACAAGGAUGAAAUGCUUGGGGAUGUUUUUGUUGCCAGUUUCAGUAAAGCCAUUGUCCUCGAUAUUUAUUCUGGAUUUAUAAAUAAUUUUUCGGUCGCUAUGGAUCUCGCUAAACAGGAGUCCAAACGGAAAACUGCACUUGCUGAUUUUUUUAAGGUGAAGCAGAUAAGUGCCCAUGACAGACUGUCCUUCUUUGGACUGAUGGUGAAACCCGUGCAGAGGUUUCCACAGUUUAUUCUCUUCCUUCAGGACCUUCUGAAACACACACCACAAGGUCACCACGACAGGAUGUCCCUGCAACUAGCCCUGACGCAGCUAGAGAGUUUAGCAGAAAUGUUGAACGAGAGGAAACGCGAGGCCGAGCAAUUCCAGGCAUUCAAAGAAAUGUUACGUCAUGUUUCUGGCAAACUGUCUCAUCGUCCACUUUCCUCAUCCUCCAGAUACCUGAUAAGAGAGGACAAUGUUACACAAUUGGAAUUCAACACCAAUGGAAUGAUAACAAAGUCCAAAAGACGAAGACUACUGUUGCUUAAUGAUUUGGUUGUUUGUGUGUCUGUGGCGCCGCGAUCUAUCGAUGAUUUCUCCAGCAGCGAGAGGCUCACCCUCAAAUGGACACAUCCGGUGUCCGACAUUGAGAUUCAAGACACCAGUACAUCGCCAACAUUGAGCCGAUUACUCACCGCCGGAUUGAACAAAGGCGGCAGCUUGAAGUCUGACAAGAGUGGGGGAAUGAAUGAGAGUAGUCAGGCAGGUGCUGAUACCCUCUGCGUUGAAAUGAAUGAUCUUAUGCAUGAUUACGAGGUCAUGUCGAGGAUAAGUGAUUUGGUUACACAACUCAAGGGCACGUAUGAGGGCAUUUCAGUCCAACAAACAAAGCAAAUUCUCCAAUCGAUCCAAUCCUCCGUCCAACAAAAAGACGAGGACAUGAUCUGGGCGGACAGCUGCUGCCUCCAGCUGACCACAAAGCAAGGUCAGAUGUACACCUUCCAAACGGAGAAUCCCCUCGUAAAGAAGGAUUGGAUCACUGAAUUGCGACUAGCCCAGCUGGCCCUGGACCCCAACAACUCGCCCUCCUGGGAGGUGCCCGAGCAGGAGCAACGACCCAGCACCAAGAUGCCGCUCUUCGUCAACUCUCAACCUGUCUACAGCUCCCAGUACGCGUCCGAGGUCACCUGCGGCUGCUACUACACGACUCAAUCAGCGAAACCAACGAGGAGGCACUCCUCGAGGCAUCCCCAGAGCUACCUCUGGGUCUGCACGGGCAAUGGUGUCUCCAGUCACAUCACCGUCUUCUCCCAGUCAACUUCCGCCACGUCUUCAUCGACUUCAUUGAAGAAGACGUCGACGUUUGAUCUCUUCGAGACGAAGGUCACGGCGAUCGAGUUCGUGAAGAGCCACAGCAAUCUGAGCCCUGAUCUGAUAUUCCUGGGGACAGACUCGCAUAAAAUCAUCAUUUACAAUGCUGUUGAGCCGGAGAAGCAGGAACAGCUGGGGACGUAUCCAACACCCGGAUCUGUCAUCCAGAUCAAGUCUCAUUGCGAUAACAUCUUCAUCGCUUUGGACACAGGUAACCUCCUAAUCUACAAAAGGAACCAAGAUGGCUCUUGGAACCUCUCGACCCCGAGCCAAGCCUCCCUGGGCCGUGACCCGGUCGCCAGCCUGAUGCCCAUCAACUCAACGGUCUACGCUGCAUGCGGCAAGAAAGUCUGGGUCCUCUCGGGCCCCACCGGAGAGGUCCUCAAGAGCUUCUCCGUCCAGCACGAGCACGUCGGCAACGUCAAACUGAUGGCGCACUCUGGUGUCGGGCUCUGGGUGGCCCUCAAGAACUCCUCUACCGUCUGCCUCUACCACACCGAGACCUUCAAGCACCUCCAGGACAUCAACAUCGCGUCCAACGUUCUCAGGGUCACCAAGACCUCCAUCUUGGACAGACUGGGAACCCCCGGUGACAACGGCGAAACGGUCUCCGUCACUGUGACGGCCCUCAUGGCGUGCAAGGGUCUCCUCUGGGUGGGGACCAACGUCGGGAUCAGUCUGACGAUCCCCCUCCCUCGCCUGGAGGGCGUUCCCAUCAUAAGUGGGCGUGUCAACAUAAGCUACCACGCCCACUUCGGACCAAUCACGUUUCUCCUGGCCCUUCAGAACUCCAAGGUCACCUACGCCAAGGAUGAAGUCGAGGUCGAGGAGGUCAAGGGGACCGAGGAGGAGGUGAACAAGAACAGGGUCGAUAAAUUGAAGCUGCAGCUGGCGGGGAGCCCUGUGGCCUUGAGACGAAAGAAAGCUAGGGAGAGUGAGUACAGGGGCUCCAAGACCCUGCCCAGGGGUUGGGGAGGGAACUUCUCCGCCCAGGGGGCGUUCCUAGGAAACUCCCUGAGCAACUCCUCAGGCUCCUCGGGGGAGAAUUGCGAUGUGUAUGGACUCUACGGGGAACUUAUGUACCCGAGGGAUUACGAGAAUGACAACAACUCAGGGGUGGACACCAUCUACGAGAGCUUGAGGCGGUCUGACCCGGAACUGGGGGGCGUACCCAACAAGGUCAAUACCCUGGAUAGACGACUGAAGAUGAAGAUCACGAGGCCGAGGUCGUUGGAUCUCAGCAAUUGGUCUGUCGACUCACAUGCCAGCUCUUUGUACACCUCUUCGGGGUCCGAGGAGAAUCUCUCCAAGGGGAAGCUCUCCAGGAAUGGGUCGUGUGUGGGCAGGAGUGGGGGGAGAGAACCCGAAUUUGUGUUUAAGGGAGGGGGAAAGGAGGAGGAUAAAGUGGUGAAGGGGUGUGGUAAGGGCACGGGGAAGAGGAAGGUCCAGGUUGUUGAGCAGCCGAAGAGGACUGUCCUCACCCUGAUGGGGGGCAGAGGUUAUGUCAACUGGAGGCAAUUGGGGGGUGUUCAGGGGAAGGGGAUGAGAGAGCCUAACAGUAAUGAUGCACAUAUUGUUCUUUGGGAGAUGAAGUUGUAGCGGAAGUGGAGGAAAUCGGGUUGCUGAGGGGGACCUAGGGGAGCUUCUUCGGGGGGUGGACGGGAAGUGGGUCGUCAUGGUAGUCGUUUUCAGGGGAAAUUCGACGGGCUUUAUGAUGGUGAUAAUGAUUUUUUUAUAUUGUUGAGGGUUUUCGAGAUAAUAGGGGUGACGACGAGAGGCAUGGAGGGGAGGGAGAUGACAAUGUGGUCAUUGGAGAGGGCGGAAAAUUUCCGAUGGAAAACACCCCUGUUGAACCUCUUUUGAUGCACAACAUCACGAAAUAUCGGUGAAAAACGGUUUUUGAGGUUAGAAUCACACUUUUUUAACGGUCAGUGGGUGGAGAUGGGUGGGCCUUCAUGGUACUCUUUUCCAGCUCAAAUUGACCGCUCUUUUCAAUGGUAAUGAUCAAAAAUUGAUAUCGUUGAUAAUUUUAGAGAAAAAGGGGGGGAAAUCGUUGAGAAAAUUGUUAAACUUUUUUUCAAUCAUUGGAAGAGAUUCAGGGGUUGAAAUCAUGUCACGUAGAGACUAGACCGAUAUCCUGGAGAUAUUGCGUACCAUGACAUCCACUCACGGGAAUUUAGACGUGAGCAUUUUCCUCAGCAACUCCGCCUCGUCUCUCAUAAUUCCCCUGGGUGCUUAUUUAACGUGCAAAUCGACAAUAAUAUGAAAUUAAAAAUCUCGUGGAACAUUUUUUUGUUCUAUUUUUCACGUCAAAAAAAAAUUUUUUUUCGUUCAUCUCAAUGCAGUUUGUUUUCAUGGAAAAAUACAUUCCUAAUUUAUUAAUGACGUGAAAAUGAAGGGCAAAUGUUGGGAAAAAAAGUUGAUUGUAAAUCGCCAAAGAAAAAUUGAAAGACGAAAAAUAAUUUUUUUUUGAGAAAAAUUAUUUUUUAUUACAAAAGUAAUUAAGGACAAAUUCACUGAUAAAUUUUUCUGAUGAAGAAAUUCAUUUUUUGUUGAAAAAAUGUUAAAUAAGCCAUGGAUAUAUAUUAAUAAUGUUCAAAUUUUCUGGGCCUUGUUAGUUAUUAAAUCGAGGAAUUACUAUUAAAAAACUGUUUAUAACAUUUUUUAUAAAUGAGAGAAUGGUGAAAAACAGUUGGAGAUUUUUCUUAUAAAAAUUUUCGAUGAAAAUUUUUGAACAAAAAUAUUUAUAUAUAUUUUCUGCCAUUGUUCUUCUCCGCAGAAAAUUUGUGGAGUAAGAAGCAACAAUUAAUCACUUGGGAAAUGAACUUCGUUAGUUUGUAAUGAGUUAUAUUCUUGUGAUAAGAGAAUCUAGAAAAAAAUGAUAAUAACGAUUGAUAAUACGAAUGUUAACCCCUGUUGAGUGAUUGAAAUGAAUGAAUCGAGUUGAUUAGAAAAAUUGAUUGGGAAAAUUGAUCUGCUUUCGAGUGAUGGGUGAUGAAUUUUUUUGUAUGAUGUAUAUUAUACGUAGGGGUUUAUGUAUAUACAUAAUGCACUGGAGGGCCAACAGGUGCCAUUGUAAAAUUCUCACGAAUAUGUUAAUUUUCUUCCUUUUUUCCAUUAAUUAUUUUUGAUUUUUUUCCUUUUUUCUUGUAAUUUAAACAAACGUUAUUGAGAUAUCUAUGAUUAUAAUUAUUUUUCAUCGAGCAGAA